AUGGCUCUGCUGUGCAGCAGCUCCCAGCACCACACACACAUCAGUGAUCACCGCCGGCAGCAGCCGGGCAGCGGGAGUUAUUCCUCCGUCAGCGCGAGCUUGGCAGCAGGAAAAGCGGCCACUUCCCUGAGCAGGCAGCUGACGGAGGAGGAAGGAGCACGGCGGGCAGAGACCCCCUCCCCGCCGCCCGCGGGAUACCUGGGCUCGGGCCGGGCUCUCCGGAGAAGGAUGCUCCCCGCCGGUGCCAGCGACAACGGAGCCCAAACCCCGGCGCCGACUCCUGCGGAUCCCCGGGAAACUCCGGCUCGCGCGGGCGCCGCCGGCCCUUGUGUACCCGCAGCAGCCCGCGGGAGCACCGGGAUACCGGGUGGAGCGGCCAAGGGCUGCCCACGACACCGGCGCCCACAGCGAGAGCCCCGCGCGGAAACCGCGACCCGCCCUGCGCCUUCUCCCGCCCCUCCCUGCACCUUUUCCCGCCCGGGCCCCCGGGCACUCCCUCCCGCUGUCCCUCCCCUCCCUCACCGUGCGGGCGCGGAGGCUGCGGGCGGCCCGGCCCUGGCACAUGGCGCGGCGGGGCGGGGCGGCCGCGGGCCCCGGCGCCACCGCCCUCACGCUCCGCCUGCCUCUGUCCCUCCGGAUUCCUGCUGCUGCAGCCGCCUCCUGCCCCGGCCCCGGCAGGCGCUGGGCAUCGAGCGAUCAUCCAGGUAUUCUCAAACAGGAUCACAGAUCACAGUAACAAAAUCAGUAGGUUGGAAAAGGCCUCUGAGAUCAUCGAGUCCGACCUUUGAUCGAGCACCACUCUCAACUAGACCAUGGCAAUAA